GAAACAUUGCAGGCCUCGCUAAUCUCCAUUGCAUUGGCGCCAUCUGUCUGUCGUCCAUCCCCAAACAAGAAGGCAUAUAAGUAUCCGAACCGCUUCUUCGGGCUCCAUUACUCUCGAAGGCUCAAAGCACAUUUUCGGUCGCGAAGUUCUCAGUAGGCGAGUGGGAACAAGGAUCACUUUGACAGUGCUCCAUUUCCCCUACAAGAUCCAAGGAUACAUAUUUCAAACCUCCGUACUCGACAGAGUAUAUUUUUCGGAGAGAUGGCAUCGACAGAGCCUCCUAUCGUCGAGCGGACUACCAUCCGAGGCACACUGGAGAUCGCUCGGAUGGUUAACGGUCUCUGGCAAUUGGCAGGAGGUCAUGACAAGAGUGUGGAUAUACCAACAGCUGCGAAUGUCAUGGAGGAUACAAUCACCUGUGGUCUAGACACGUUUGACAUGGCGGAUCACUACGGCGAUGCAGAACUGGUCGUCGGCCACCAUAACAGGACAUCAAAGACCAGCAAAGUGGCCUUCACAAAGUGGUGUCCAAAGGAAAAUGGUAUCAAGACCUUCGCAAACGCCGAGGCGGCAGUCGACCUGGCCUUGAGCAGAAUGGGCCAGCAAAAGAUCGAUUUGUUGCAAUAUCAUGCUUGGGAUUUUUCAGACGACACAUAUCUUCACAAUUUAACCCACUUGCACGAUCUGCAGAAACAAGGCAAGAUCGGAUUGAUAGGCCUCACCAACACAGAUGCAGCACAUCUGCAAAUGCUUCUUGAUUCCAAAUUUCCUAUCGCUACCAACCAGCUCCCGACCUCAGUCAUCGACCGCCGAUUGACUUCCGGACGGCUGAACGAAGUGUGUCUGAAGUAUGACGUUGGCGUGCUGGCUUAUGGAACUCUUCUCGGCGGCUUCCUCAGUGAGACGUGGCUUGGAAAGCCCGAACCCGCUGAUAUCAGCCGACUAAACUGGAGUUUGAAAAAGUAUCUGCGGUUCAUAUGGGAGGCCGGAGGUUGGGAACCGUUCCAAAGAGUUCUUGAAGCUUUGAACGUCGUGGCGCAAAGGCAUGGGGUUUCCAUUCCAGCCGUCGCCACCCGGUUUGUCUUGGAUAUUCCUUCAGUCAAGGCUGUUAUCGUCGGAACACGCCUGUCAGCAGAUUCUCGGUUGCACAUUGCCCGGAACCUGGAAGCCUUCUCUUUCCAAUUAGCUCAAGAUGAUUUGGACCUCAUUCAUGAGGCUCAAACCGGCCUGCGCGAUAUACCCGGUGAUUGUGGAGACGAAUACAGACGACCUCCUUUUCUGACCGCGGCUGGAGACUUGAGCGAUCACUUUUCGCAGGAUAGAAGGCAGUACAAGCAGUUGGACGAGGCAUUGUCUGAAGGAAAAAGAAUAGAGUAUAGCUCUGGAAGCAAAUGGGAGCCAAUUGCGGGUUAUUGUCGAGCGGUCAGAACAGGAGGUCAUAUCCGUGUGUCCGGAACGACGUCGAACUCGCCACUCCCCUCUGUCCCAGUUGUUGGUGGAAGCAAUGCUCACAGCCAGACGAUCCGUAUAUUAGACAUUAUUGAAGGGGCUUUGAAGGCCCUGGGGUCAUCCCUUUCUGAUAUAGUCAGGACCCGCAUCCUGGUCCGGGAUGUUGGAAUGUGUGAAGAAGUUAGUCGAGCUCAUGGCUCGAUCUUCUCGAACGCUGGCAUCUUGCCUGCCAAUACCCUCGUAACUGCUGGUCUGGUCGGAGACCAAAUGUUAGUCGAAAUCGAAGCGGACGCUGAAGUUGGUUGCUCCCAUAGAGGCGUUUUAAAAUUGGCAGAAGCAUAG